AUGGCCAAUUACCGGGCAAAAUUGAGAUGUCGACAACUUGCCUGUCCAGAGCUGGAGGUGAACUCUCAAAGAAGGCAGAAGUCCAAUGAAAAGGGUCCCAAAGGCAUCAAAAGGCCUAAAAAGGCAGAAGUAAAUUACCUGCCACUGCUGCCAUUUGGGGAGACAAAGGACACUUUAGAGAAGGAGAGAGUAGAAUUAUUGACGGAAGUAAAGAAAAAAAACAAUGAGAAGAUUGUUGCUGAGAAGAUGGACAAGACUUUCUCAUAUCGAAGACUUCAAGUUGUUGAGGAUUGCCCUGCAGUCCAAGACUUCAUAGAGAGUUGGCCUGCACUCUUCUCGGAACAUCAGAUCAAAGAGGAGUUCAGAAGGAUAACAACUCUUCAUCUGAAGGGAACGUUUUUAACGAAACUGGACUUCUACACUCCCAAACUGCUGAAGAUAUUUGGGAAGAAAGGCGGGGUUGCAGGCUCCACAAUAAAACUGAUGCUGGAUUCAUUCAGUGAGCAAAAUGUUGAAGGUAGACGAGAUACCAUCAUCCGCUGCCUGAUGGAGUUCCUUGGAGAGAGUACAGAGGAAGUCAUCAAAGACUACCAGGAUGUAAGCAAGGACAUCGUCAAAGAUGACUAUGCUGGCGAGCUCAUGAAGAUCUUUGUCGUCCGCAACAGUGCAGCGCAGGGAGACGCAAAUGCUGGUCAUGUGUCGAUCGUCAUAGAGGAAACUGAGGUGCAGGAUGGGUGCAAAAGUGUGUCAAACGCAUGCAUAUUGCUCAUGGGCAUAAUCUAUGCCAUGAACUUGGUUUACCCACCAAAGGUAAAAUACACGUUUGAAGUGUUCCAGAAGCUCUUUCUCGAGCUGAAUUCGCAAAAGGUGUCUCCUAAAGUCCAGACCUUGCGCUUCAAACUUUUAGCCUAG